GGACAACCCCGCCGCGAGGACAGCCGUUUGUAAACAGCUCUCUCUAACAAUACACCAGCCGUGGGAACAACGGACCAAAGGCUAGUUCGUCAUUCUUCGAUAGGCCGCACGAAGAUGACCGAAGAGUGUCGACCUUUACCGAUGAUGUGGACACCCCAAUGCCGACGAGUGCCGAUCGUUUCCGAAGUGGACCUCGGCGUUAGUCAGCGCUUGACGACAGAGUGCGAUUAGCUCAGGCGUGCAACGGACGGUCGGAUGUCGUCUGAGGGAAACGUCAAUCAUUACUGCGGUUGAAGUCUGGCUUCCCUGCACAGAAUAGAGGUCCCGGGUCUUCUUUCCGUAUGUUUUAGCACUGUUUACUUAUAGUAGGACUUUGUUCCCUCGAAAUCCACCGUCUUUUCAGCUGGGGCCUGCGUGUACCAUAGAUAAUCAAAGGAAAUCCUUUAAUCCAGUGUGGAUUUGUACAGAGCUAGCUCAAAACUUCCUCGUGGGAUUCGACAGGACAACGAAGGACCCAAACAUCUGUGCUAAAGAAAACAGGCGGGAACUCUCUGAGAGAAUUUCAGACGACAAAUUCGAGAGCUAUGGAACGAGAACAGCAAAAGAACGGUUCUGAGGUACAGUAUGUAGAUGUGCGAACCAUCACGCCUGCGCUGUUCGGAGUUGUGUGUUCCUUCGCCAUGAUGGGGAUAAUCCUGGCGGUCGCCAUCUUGGUUUUCAACAUCAAACUGAGGCAGCAGAGACUCAUAAAGAUGUCGAGUCCAAAUCUGAACAAUCUGAUAGUCGGCGGGAGUUUAUUACUUUACGGCGCCGCCAUUUUGUUUGGCUUGGACCGUUCGGUGGUGGGAGGAUCUGACAAAGCCCUGCUGCACUUGUGUCAGGUCAGGACGUGCUGCGUUGUGAUUGGCUUCACUCUUGUUUACGGUUCUCUCUUCAGUAAGACUUGGCGGGUCUACAGGAUAUUUCGCAGCUCCACAGUGAAGCGUAUGGUUAUUCGUGAUGACAAGCUCUUCGCGACCGUAGGAGUCAUCCUGAUUGUUGACGUGCUCCUGCUUGGGAUCUGGUUGGGGCUGGACCCUUUGAAAUGGAGGACUGUAGGCGUCCCAGUAAGGAAGACGCUAGAAUCCAUGCCUGACAGCAUAGUGACAACAAACGUGGUUUGGGUGCAGAGAUGCUACUCCGACAACACCGAAGUCUGGAUCUCCGUAUUCUACAUACUAAAAGGUCUACUACUCCUGUACGGGACCUACCUAUCAUGGGCAACAAGAGGGGUCAAUUUUCCCGCCAUGAACGAUGCCAAACCGAUCAUCUUGAGCAUCUACUGCUGCGUGGUGCUUGUCGGGAUUGCCACGCCCCUGACCUUUCACCUGGACCAAUGGCCUGACGCGGUGUACGCAUGCGUGGCUGGGGUGUUGAUCGUGUGCACGACGGUGACGCUGUGUCUGCUGUUUGUUCCAAAGGUACGUAAAACUGUGGAAGGAAUGGACAAACAACAAGACUUUGAAGAGUUUAGGAUCGCCUCAGUUUCUCAAAUCGAGUCAACCGUGUAG